UGUUUCUUCACGCGAGUCAGUGUCCACAGUGAACGGGAUGAGAAAAGGUGUGGAUGUCUUUUUCUUCUCCCUUUUGCUGUCUUCUCUCCUUUGUUCGGAGGCGAAGACCAGCAGAGAGAAAUCAAUCCCGCCCGUUGUGCUAAUUCCUGGAGAUGGCGGAUCACAGAUAGAAGCAAAAUUGGACAAACCGGCAGUAAUCCACUACAUUUGCUCAAAGAAGACGGAAGGAUGGUUCGACCUGUGGCUGAAUAUGGAACUUCUUGUUCCAUAUGUCAUAGACUGUUGGGUGGACAAUAUGAAGCUGGUAUAUGACAAUGUAACACGUACAACUACCAAUGCACCAGGAGUUACAACAAGAGUACCUGGAUUCGGGAACUCAACCACGGUUGAAUGGUUAGACCCCAGUCACCGAUCUCCUACCGGGUACUUCAAAGAUAUUGUGAAUGCUCUUGUCCCUCUAGGGUAUGAAAGAGGGGUGUCUGUACGAGGUGCCCCCUUUGACUUCCGCAGGGCCCCAAAUGAGCAUGAUGAGUACUUCCGUGACCUCCGCAGGCUAAUCGAAGAAACUUACCAGAGCCUAGGGAGGAAGGUGAUUCUCAUCCUGCACAGCAUGGGUGCCCCAAUGAUGCACUACUUCCUAAAUCAACAGGAACAGCAUUGGAAAGACAAGCACAUAGAAACUGUUGUGUCCCUGGCUGGUGCAUGGGGAGGCUCUAUCAAAGCUGUCAAAGUUUAUACUGCAGGGGACAAUCUAGGUAUCUACGUCAUUAGCUCAUUAAAAGUAAGAGCCGAGCAGAGAUCAGCUCCCAGUCUGGCCUUCCUCUUGCCCUCUUCUGAUCUUUGGGGUCCUGACGACAUCCUUGUUGAGACGCCCACGAAAAACUACUCAACUGCAAACUUCCAAGAUCUUUUUACCACCCUGAACUUGCCUGAUGCCUACGAGAUGUACCUGGACACCAAGGAUUUAUUGAAAAACCCACCAGCCCCUGGUGUCGAGGUCCACUGUCUGCAUGGAGAAGGAGUCCCAACUGUCGAAAAAUUGGUCUAUGCUGCUGGCAAGUUCCCAGACAGCCCGAAAGUUAUCUAUGGUGGAGGGGAUGGAACAGUCAACUUAAGAAGUGCAAGGCGUUGUUUAGAAUGGGUUGGCAAACAGAAGCAGAAGGUUUACCACAAGCCUUACCAGGGUAUUGACCACAUGGCGAUCUUGCGUGACUCUGACGUCAUCAGUUAUGUGGUGGAGUUAGUGCAGAACAUAACAAAGAAGAACAUGAGGCUAUCACAGAAAAAGGCUGAGAACCUGAAUCGGCUAGAGAAGAAUAGGAACGACAAGGCAAAACAACACAUUCUCGAAAGAAAUGCUAACGAUGUCAUCAUGCCGAUGAAAUGGUUUGAUGCAAUAUAUGCCAACAAAGAGGAAUAUAUGAAGCAGCAAAGUAAUUCCAGGGUAAAUAACCGACAUCCCAACAGCGUACUUGCAUUACUAGAUGAGGAUCACAUUGUGACGGAAUCGUGACGGAGGCCUGCAGUGCGCUAAUGUAAUUAUCCUGUCCUCUUACAAAUCUUUCCACAGAAUUAAGAAAGCAAAAUUUUUAGUCACUAGAUUAAGAUUUAUUCCAGUGGUUUAUCAGAAUGAGUUUAUUCACUACAAUCUACUUUGGCACAAAUAACUUAGCAUGAUUAUUAUGUUUCAGUUGCCUUUUCCAAAUAAGGUCUUUCUUUUUUAUGACUCUUCUGAGUUAUCAGUGAACAGACAUUAGUUUCAAUGCACAAAUGACAGAAAAUUAUGUUUAUAUACUUAGGGAAUGAAAGCAUGAUUAGUUCAUAAGAUGUCAUUUUUUAUAGAGUGGAAAUUUUAUUCAAAUAGUUAUCUGCCUUAUUGAGGAGAAGGUAUGCUGUUUUUAUAUUGCACUGUAUGUAGUCUUGCUCAAAAGUGUGUAAGCAUAGAGACUGUAUGAGUUAAGUUAUGUAUGAAUACUAGAGUGGUAAUAAUCAUGUGGCUUCUUUGUAAGCUUGAAUUUUAUGAUAUGGUGCCCUACCUCUAUCUGUGAAUAUGUAAUGCACAGAAGGAAUAUUUUAAUUUUUAUAUGACAUAUUGCAUUGUGAAAUGUAUUUAUCAGUUUCUCAUUAGUAGUUGUUUUAAUUUUCCAAUUUCUCAUUAGUAGUAUGAAGUUUGUUCAGAAAUUAAACAUGUAUUGAUGUAAUAUAUGAAAUUGAAUAUGUAUAUGAAACAUUUAUCGGUACCUGACAAAGCUGAGACUAUGAGUAUAAUGAUAACUUACCUAAAAUUUACAUCUCAAGACUGAUAUUAGAAUAAAGAAAACCGAUCUAGUAUUGCAUUUGCUAAGGAAUUUGGAACAUCUCUUUUCUGUGAGUAAAAUCAGAUAUAAGGUUUGUGUUUGAAAUUGUGAUAUUAACUAUAAUGAAGAGAAAGAAGUUUCCAUUUUGGAAGAAGUAUUCAUAAAUUAGAAAUGCAGUUUCCAUGAGGUGAGUGGAAACAGGUUUUAGGUAAUGACAAAGGAAAAUGGAAACAUAUGUGUUGUUAACAUCUUUUAAGAUAUAUCUGACCCUCUUUCCUGUUGUGCAUCAUAUCAUGUUGCAUUGCCACGAGAGUAUGUACUGUAUAAAGAUUGUAAGAGCAGACAAGAAUAAAGAAACUGUAUUUGUUCUAUUUACAAAUUUAUUGAGAACAGGUCAAUAGAUUCCUAGUUAUGUUGGUGUCGUAAAGGUAAUUUCAUGCAUGAUAAGUACAGGGAAAGAAUCAAGCCUUACCUUUGUAAAUGUAAAUAUGUAAACGGGAGAGCAAAUGUGAAACUGAAAUGUUGUCUCGUUCCUUGAUAGAUUUUGCAUGUUUCUCUUGUAUAAUCACAAAUUGAUAACUUAUAUUAUUGCAAUCACUAUCUUGUAGGAGUAAGACAUGUAAGAUUCAUAAGUUCCUCUUUUGGAAAUCAUCGAAACUUGAUGAAAGAAUCCCUUUCGUCAAACUGGUAUCUGGUGAGUGUUUACUUGUGAUGGACUUUGAUUGAUAUGUUGUAUGAUAUCAGAUCUGAGUGCUAAAACAGCAUCCAGGUGUAUAUAUGAAUUAUGUUUAUGAAAUAGUUGUAUGUUUAAUAUUUUUUGUGUAUUUAUGAAAUUAUAUGUUUAUUAUUGAAAGAAAUAAUAUAAAAAAGAGAAGGUGUUUCAGUAAAAACAUGGCAUAAGAUUAAUGUUGAUUAUUUUUUAUUGGCAAAUUUGAAUGUCUAAAAAUUUAUGCAAAACAAAACCUGCUAUAACUACGUUCUUAAUAUUACUAUGGAAAUGAAAAUGGUAUUAGAGAGAUAUGCACAAAAAAAUUUAUGAUACAGCCUAUUGAAUUUUCGUAGAGAAAUCUCAGUUCCUUUAUGUGGUAGUAUUUUAAGUGUGUUAUACUGCGAAGGUAUAGAUUAUUAGAGAGAUGUGAAAAAUUGUGUUAAUUUGUUCUGAUGUAGUUUGUGAAAGCUGUAAAAGCUUUUUUCUGGAGAUAUAUAUUUAAUAAAUAUGUAUAUGUAUAAAGUAAUUUCUAA